CAGAUAAUAAUCAAACAAAAAUAUAAAAGAAUCUUCUGAUGUCUCUUCAAGUCUUUGCCUCAAAAUCAAUAGUCUUCUCUCUCUCCAUCUUCACUUCUAAGAUUGCGUUUCCUCUAGAUGCUUUCUCUCUUUAGCUUUGACUUUGUAAGAUGAGAGAGGAAGACUCCAACUGGUUUGCCAAAUGGGAAGAAGAGCUCCCGUCGCCGGAGGAGCUCAUACCGUUAUCUCAGUCCCUCAUCACUCCCGAUCUCGCCAUCGCCUUCGAUCUCCGAAGUCCUAACCAACCUCAGCCUCAAACCACGCCGCCGCCGCAGCAAACCAACUCAUCAGCCGAGUUCGCCGUAGACUCCUCCGGGGACGAGCCGGCUCGGACGCUAAAACGGCCGCGUUUGGUGUGGACGCCGCAGCUGCACAAGCGCUUCGUGGACGCGGUGGCGCACCUCGGGAUCAAGAACGCGGUUCCCAAAACCAUCAUGCAGCUCAUGAGCGUCGACGGGCUGACCAGAGAGAACGUCGCUAGCCAUCUUCAGAAGUACCGGCUUUACCUCAAGAGGAUGCAGUCCGGCGGAGGCGGCGGAGGAAACGUCGUCGGCGAGUCGGAUCAUCUCUUCGCUAGCUCGCCUGUUCCUACGCAUUUCCUUCAUCCGACGGGUAGACAAAGCUCCGACCAUUUCAUUCCUUCAUUCGUCCCUAUCGCGUCUCUUCAGCAUCAUCAGCCUCAGUUCCUCCACCGUCAACUCUCAGCCGUGAAUUUCGCAUCUCAGGCGAAUAACAACAACGGGAAAGCGAUGGACCAGUCGUUGUUCUUGGCUAGGCAGAGUCAGCAGCAGCAGCAACAAGUUCUCACCAGGCCAGCUUCUUUGCAUUUGCAUAGCCAAGUGGCUAACUAUGCAGAUGAUCUGGAACAAGGAGCCAACACGGUCUUGACUCUAUUUCCAACUCGAGAAAAUUGAAUUAAAAAAAAAAAGAACUAUUUAUAUAUUGGAACAUCCACAAAAUUGGGUUGUAUGGUGUCUUUGUUUGUACAAUGUGGAUCCGGCCACUACAAAGUCUCUGUGACCGGAUCUUGUAGUAUUAAGACAUGAGUUUUCUCUGUAUAAUUGGAUGAAACAAAGUGAUCUUUUUCACUUGUUUAGAUUUGAUUAUACAAGUACUUUAAUGUGUGCUAUUUUGCUUUU